UUUAUUCGCCUCGGUGCGAUCAGGAAUUCGUGCAUCAUAAACAUAAUUCACGCCCAAUUUAUACCGCAUUUACAACAGUAUCACCCCGUGGAAAGUGUUGGAUAUCAAGUUGUGUGAGAGUUCUGUGUUCUAAUCUUAUUAUUUUGUGAAGUGCAAUACUUUGUUCAACAGAAACAUUGUACUUGAAAUAUUGAUGGACUAACCUCUAACAUUGGUUAGCGGAAUGUUCAAAUUUAUAAGAAAUAAAGGGCAACAGCCCUCAGCUGAGCGUCAAAAACUUCAAAGGGAUUUGUUUGCAUAUCGCAGGACUGUACAACAUGGGUUCCCCAACAAGCCUACCUGUGUCGCAUGGGACCCGGAGCUGCGACUUAUGGCUAUCGGCACCGCUACGGGUAGCAUCAAAGUCGUUGGACAACCAGGCGUGGAGUUUUACGGACAUCUUCCCACUACAGAGACUGCCAUCACCAGGCUGAUAUUCAUCCCCAAUGAGGGUCGUCUGGUAUCUCUGAGCAGCACCAACACUCUCCAUCUCUGGGAGAUGAAUGACAUGACCUUGGAGGACACCAAGAGCAUCCAGUUGGAGGGAAAGCUAAAGAAGAUUUCCUCGCUGAGUCUAGACGGUUCCACUCUGUUGCUGGGUACCGAGGGUGGAAACAUCUACUCUCUCAACACCGCUACGUUCUCCAUAUCAGAGAGCAUCAUAUACCAGGACGCAGUCAUGCAGAAUGUCCCUGAGGACUACAAGAUCAAUCCCGGAGCAGUGGAAUGUGUGGAGCCUCAACCAGGACAUCCGGGACAUCUGCUGAUUGGAUACAACCGAGGACUAAUGGUGUUGUGGAACAGGAAUACCAACAGUGCUCUGCAGACGUACGUGUGGGCCCAACAGCUGGAGAGUGUGUGUUGGAACGCGGCUGGGACUAACUUCAUGUCCGCCCACAAUGACGGCAGUCACACCUCAUGGGACACCGAGUCCGGGGAGCCGAGGGGUGAACCCACGACGCCCUACGGACCCUUCCCCUGCAAGAGUAUCACCAAACUUAUCUGGACCCAGGCUGAGGGUGAUGACCUAUUACUCUAUGCUGGAGGGAUGCCUCGUGCCAGCUUCAGUGAUAGACACACCAUCACAGCGCAACACGCAAAGAAACAUGUAGUCUUUGACUUUACUUCCCGAGUUAUUGAUUUCUUCACCAUCCAGGCCACAGGGGACCAGAAAGGAGUCAGUGCGUUGAUGGUGCUGCUAGAAGAAGAGCUGGUAGCUAUAGACCUGCAGUCGGAGGAUUGGAGGAUGCUACAACUCCCAUACCUUGUGUCCCUACACGCCAGCGCGGUGACUUGUGCAACCUAUGUGAGUGACAUCACGCCUGACGUCUACGAUCAGAUAGUGGCGGCCGGUCAGGCUCAGAGCAAAGGAAUAUACUCUGACGCGCCGUGGCCUAUCGACGGGGGCAAGUUAAGAGACAGCCCACCUACUCACCUAGACCUACUACUCACUGGCCAUGAGGAUGGUAGUGUGCGAGUAUGGAGGGGAGGUACUGUGGCGUUGGCUCCUCUGUACAAACUAACUUCCUCCUCCGUGUUGGUGAGUGACGACGAACCCGUGUCUCCUGUGGAAGAGGAGGAAGACGAGUGGCCGCCUUUCAGAAAGGUUGGAGCCUUUGACCCGUAUUCUGAUGACCCGAGGUUGGCUGUCAAGAAGCUAUGUCUGUGUCCAGAGACAGGAGUGUUGGUCGUGGCAGGAACAGCUGGUCAUGUACUGACUGCUACUUUGUCUCAGACAUCCACCACCAAACAAGUUAAGGUCACAUCGCUCAACAUUGUCAGUGACAGAGAUAAGUUUGUCUGGAAAGGCCAUGAGAAGCUUGGAGUGAGGGAAAGCGUGGACUGGGGUCCUGGAUACCAGGUAGAGUCAGUGUUACAACUACAUCCGCCCGCAGCUGUGACGGCGCUGGCGUCACACACAGGCUGGGGACUAGUGGCUGUGGGGACGGCGCACGGCCUGGCGCUCUACGACUACCAGAGAUUCGUAUCUGUCACGUUCAAGUGUACACUCAACCCUCAUGAUCUCUCAGGCAUUGGGGAUGCCCCGAUCUCAAGAAGAAAGUCUUUCAAAAAGUCUUUACGAGAGUCAUUUAGACGACUGAGGAAAGGAAGAUCAGGGAGACAGGGAGAUAAACGAGGGGGACAAUCUCCCACCCCUACGGACAGGCGAGAGAAACGGCCCGUGGAGGUGGUGGUGGAUUCCCCGGGAACAGCUGUCACUACACCCACUACCCCCGCGGAGGCCAAGCCUGUAGAGAGAGCCGUAGAGGCCAGACCAGUAGACGAUGCGCUUGGCAGUAUGGUGCGGUGUCUCACCUUUGCUAAGACCUACAUCAUCAGCGUCCAAAGUGUUAUGCCUACAUUGUGGGCGGGGACCAACAACGGAACAGUUUACGUGUUUACGAUCUCAGUUCCUGCGGGGAACAAGAGAAGCGAAGAAGCUGUAGGUUGUCAACUAGGUAAAGAGAUCCAGUUGAAACACAGGGCGCCGGUGAUCGCAGUCAGCGUGAUAGACGGGGAGUAUAAUGAAGUGGAGGGCCGCGUCUGUGACACAGUGCCUCUACACAGGGUCAUCAUCACAUCAGAGGAACAAAUUAAGAUAUUCACAUUGCCAUCCCUAAAGCCAUUGUGUAAACUGAAGUUAACAGCAGGGGAAGGAGCCAGGGUGCGACGUACUGCUUUAGCCAGGUUUUCCACGACAACUCACUCGGAAACCUGCCUCUUGUGUCUCACCAACCUCGGAGAUGUAAUUGUACUGAGCCUGCCAGAGCUGAGGCGGCAGAUCAACGCUGCAGUGAUUCGCAGAGAAGAUAUCAAUGGCAUCUCGUCAUUGGUGUUCACCCGGUACGGGGAAGCAGUCUAUCUACACUCCAGCAGCGAGAUGCAGCGACUCUCAGUGUCGGCUACGCGACACACAGCGCCUCACUGCGGUCUGGAGCUGCCUCCACACGCAAGGGCGACCCAGCGACUAGACCAGGGCGACUCGUCUAGUGACAGUGAGUCUAGCAGUGACUCGUCGUCUAGUUCUAGCUCUAGCAGCGACAGCGACGCGGAGGAGGAGAAAGAGGAGAAGGAAACAGGACAAGGACAGGUAGUGGAGAUCAAGGAGAAUGGUUUGCCAGAGACUGAAGGAACCUUUAACCAUCUGGACCUCAGCAGUGUGGGGGACAUCACCAUAGACUCUGUCAAAGACCAUAUGGUCAAUUCCACCUCACAGGAGGAGGGCAGCAAGAUCGUGACGACAGAGAUGACCAAACUCGAGACAACCACAGAGUCUGUAGUGGUCAAAACCACUGUCAUCACCACCAAUGAGACCACGCUCAUCACCCCUACGUCCGAGACCCCGGAACGAGCCUCUACACCCACUAUACAGGACGGAGGCCAUAUGUUAGCAGAGGUAUUCUCUAGAGAUGGUGAUGCGUAAAGCGCCGCUGGCCAAGAUGGAGGAUUUAGAACAGCUGGAGAUGGCAGCCUAAACAUUCCGCAUGUUCCAGCAUGUCUCAACACGUUCCAUCUCGCAUGGACUCGCCGGUGUGCUUGCAACCUACUCAUGAUAUUCUGACAAAUUUAUAUUUAUUUAACUCAAUUGUUUUACUAUCACAGAAGACUUUUUACAUUGUUUCCGUUCAUGGGAAAGUUUUGUUGCUUGUGAUUUUGAUUUGGGUUUCAUUCAACCCAGAUGUUUUCUCUGUUUUGUCUUCCUGGAAGAUUAUUUUUCGUGUAAAUUGAUAAGAUGAAAUUUUGUACAAGGCAGUUUGAAUUGAAUGCGAUAUUGUAUGUUAUAGCUUUUGGUGAUAGGCUUUGUUCCUUAACAGUUGUAAAAUCAACUGUCUGAAGAAUUAACUUAAUUUUUUCUAAUUUUGAUAGUAAAUAUCUGGGGAGUGUCUGUUGAACGAGAAACUUACAGUACUGAUAAUCUUAGAACAACUGCACCUUCUAACAGCUUUACCAAAACCCACGACCUUCCUCAUAAUUGUUUUACAGAAGCCGUGGUAUCAACCCAACUGAUAUUUCCCAGCCUCUAUAAUCUACAAGAGCUUUUCAGGAAGUAAGGAAUGUUUUAAAAUAAAAUAAAAAGUUUUCCUAUCGCUGCAUGGAAAUGAUCACUUUGCCAAACAUGGAAACACUAUCUCAUUUCUGCUUUAUUCAUUCUCUCUCGCGUUUCAAUUAGCUGAUUCCACUGUUGGCGUUUCUACAAAUCAAUAACAUCCGGUAAGCUAAUAACAUAACCUAAAUGACUUUUAUAUACAGUAGAACCCCGGUUAACUGAAAUAAAGGUGGGACAGCCGUUUUGGAUGACCAAUUUUUCAGUUAACCCAUCAUCUGCUAAAAAUAGCCUAUGUAUUACCACGGACUGAAGGAAAAAUUAAUUUAAAACAAUUCUAUACAAUACAGUGUUUUAUUUCAGCUACAAAAAUGUUACAAUGUGUUAGGAAAGCCCCUUUCUAGAGAGAGGGGCUCAGCGCUACGCCUCGCUGUUUACAAGUAUUAGUAUUGUACUUUUAUUUUAGCCCUGUAUUAAUUUAUAGAACCGUUUCGGUUAACCCAGGUUUCAGUUAACCUGAUUUCGGUUAACCAGGCUUCUACUGUGUACAAGUAAAAAGUUAAUUAUGUAUUGUUAUGAUAAGUUAAUUUGGCGAUAGGAAAAAUCCUGUAUGUGUUGCGAGCACAAACAUCCUUAAAGGCACUCAGCUAUGGUUCUCAAGCGGCGAUGACGUACUUUCCGCCUUUAAUAUCCAGAAAAUUUGAUAUUCCACAAGAAACAGUUUUUACUAAAUACAUUACAAAGAGCGAAUAAAAUACUUCUUUUCUACAUAGCUGUUAAACUCAUUAAGGCAUUUAGCAAAGCGGUGGACGAGCUUUGAAGUUCCUUUGUCGUAGAAUUCCGCCGCCUGCAAGCUCAGCUACCCGGUGACGCACAAUUGGAGGUUCUCCGUAAUCUAGGCACUUUUUUCCUAACCAAGUCUUCUUUUCGGUGCACAAAACAAGAGAAAAUCAAUCGGAGCCAGGUAUAGACUUUCUGGUGUGUGGAUGAAGGAAUAUAUCAUUUUAGAAUCAUUGAAGUUGUGUGCAGUUUGAUGUGCAAGAUUGGGGUUUUGGACGUCAACUUUUGUUCGGCCAUUUUGAAACUAAAUGCACCAUUUCUAGACAGAACUUAAAUUUAUUAUGUUGUUUCUGUACAAUUCUCACCCUUAGCAACAAAUUUCUAUAGGUUUUAUUUUUAAAAUGAUGUCCAACAAAAACCGUAUCACAGACGGUACCUCACAACUGGCGGGAUCUUCAAUUGCUGUACACUUCUUAAACUUUAAUAUUGCAACAAUGGGCAGCAUAACAAGAGUUCUGCUAUGAUGGCUUGGCUGGACCGUCAUUGAGGAGGGGAACAGGUCUGUACCAAAAAGUGUGCGAUCAGAGCACUCCCACCGGCGUCAGGGAGAAAUACUCCUUACUUACUGAACAGCCCUUGUAUAUUAUUCAGUUUUGUUACCUUGCAUAAACUGUUCCCGUUUAUCAGCACUUUAUGGAAUUGAAUUGUUUAAAUCCUAAUAAAUUUCAAAUCUAAAUAAGUAGCCUAUAAAAGAAUUUAACAUUGUUUUAUUGUAUUUGCGUAAGACAUUGAACAGAAAUUGUUUGGUUCCUAUUUGGUAUCUCAGGUUUUUAUUUUAUACGUUUUUCAUUCGGUUUUGUUACUUAAUAAAUUGUAAGUAGAGUCUGUUACGCCUUGUUGUAUUUUAAAAUUGAUGUUUUAUAUGUGUUUGUGUUAAACUUUUAUAGGGUUAAAAACUGUUUGUUGUUUGCCAGAAAAGAGGUUUAAAACUUUUCAUGCUUGCUCCAAACUUAAAAACUAAUUUGUUGAAGUUUGUCACUUUUUUAUAUCAGUUGGUUUUAUAUAAACAUUAGGAUAUCGAGUGACAAUUCAUACAUGAAUUUUCCCGUUGUUUCAACUGUUUUUAAACUGAAGUGGUUUAUUAACAACAAUGACAUUAAUAACUUUUGCUAACAACAAGGAAUAAUUAAACAUUUUGUACUUACAUAUCAGUUGUAGCUAAUCAUUUGUGAUCAAUGGUUAUUUUUCAAAGAGUAUUUUUGUAAACUGUUUCCAAAUAGUGUAAUAAUAAAAAAAACAAGCUCAUAUUGAUCUUGCCGUAGAGAGUUUGUCAGUCAGACAAUAUUGUCCCAGAGUCCCAGAGUACCUAGUUUAGAUUUUGUACGACAGUAGAUUUUGAGUCAUAAAAAAUAUAUGCACUAUAUUUUAAAUGAAAAUGCAAUUUAAAAUUCAUCUCAUUUUAUGCAUUUAUUAAAAUUUUAAACAAUGGAAUCCAUUAUAACAGUUAUUUAGUUGAACUACUAUCUUUUAAAUACUAGUUCAACAAUUUGUUUUCGGUAAUUUAAACUUUUCAAAUUAUCUAAUUUAGUUAAAAUAGUCCACUAUGGUAAAACAUAAAAUUUUAGAAAUGUUAUUAACAUUUUUCUAUUGUACUAGUUAAAGUGUUUUGCUAGGUAAUUUUAUAAAAUUAAUUUUAAUUAGUAAAAUCUAGUUUUUAUAAAUUCCGUUGAUUUUCCAAUAUUUAAUUUGUAACCCUGUGAUUCUCAUCUCAAUUUUGUCUUCACCAGUAUUUUGUAUGCUAGCUUAAGCUUAUUUAAUUAAAUUAAUUUAUAUGUUAUGUAGCGUUGAUAAAAUAUUUGUAUAUUCGCCGCCGCUAAGGAUAAGUUAAGGAGAUUUUAUAUCAAGACAGUUUUAUUUUGGUGGUGGUAAAAGUGCCUAAUUUUAACCAUUAUAUUCAUGAUUGCUAAUACAGUAAAUGGCAAAAACAGGCAAAUUUGAGCAAUUUUUCCUUAAUUGUAUGUUUUUCUUUGCAUUUAAGUUUGAUUGUAAACUUUAAAUUCAAAUCUAAAUUGUAAACAAUGACAAAGCUGUCUUUGUUAUUUACAUUUUUCCAAUAUAGUUAAGAGUUAUAUAGUUUUAUGUCAAAAAAUAUUUUUAAAGCGAAAAUUUGCCCUGUAAAAGCUAACUAACCGUGUGUGUAACUUUAUUUUUUUACCAUGUUAUGUUAACACCCCAUGCUAUGAAUAGACACAUAAGUAUGAUUUAUAUUUGCUUACAACCAAGCAAAGUUUUGUCCACCUUAAAAUAGAGAUGUUUUUUAAAUAAAGAAGCUAAAUUAUUUAA